AUGAAGCGCUUCUCGCUCCCGCAUCCCGUCGGGGAGCAGAUCUCUUGCGUGUUGUGGUCGGGGAGGUACUACAUCACGGGCACAGACAUCGUCCGUGCUCUCGUGUUCAGGUUCGACGCCUUCGGACGGCCUGUCAAGAACAUGAAAAAGUUUGAAGAGGGCGUCUUUAGCGAUCUUCGCAAUCUCAAGCCAGGCAUGGACGCGUCUCUCGAGGAGCCCAAGUCCCCGUUUCUUGAUUUGCUGUUCAAAUAUCAGUGCAUUCGCACGCAAAAGAAGCAAAAAGUGUUCUUCUGGCAAUCAGUGCCCCACGACCGCCUCUUCCUGGACGCGCUCGAGCGCGACCUCAAGCGAGAAAAAUCUGGCCUGGAGCCAACCUCCGUGGUCGCCGGCGAACCUGCCCUCUCAUUUACGUAUGACUCACAGCGGAGC